UUCGCUUCUUGUAUAUAAAUGAUGCUAUGGAGGUGCUUUUCGCGUUUUAUUGUUGGUGGUGCAAUAAUGGGUGGGAUUAGAGUUUUCUCGCAGGAAUUCUUGUUAUUGAUGACGCUUCUCGUUUAUGUGGCGCCUGGGGCUCACUCCUGGAGCAAAGAAGGUCAUGUUAUGACUUGCCGGAUCGCGCAGGCUCUUUUGGACCCUAAAGCAGCUGAUGCAGUUCAGAAUUUGCUGCCAGAUUAUGUCAAUGGAGACCUCUCAGCUCUCUGCACAUGGCCAGAUCAGAUUAGGCACUGGUAUAAGUACAGAUGGACCAGCUCCCUGCACUUCAUUGACACCCCAGAUGAGUCUUGUAGCUUUGAAUAUUCAAGGGAUUGCCAUGACCAGCAUGGAAAGAAGAACAUGUGCGUGGCCGGUGCCAUCCAGAACUUUACGUCUCAGCUAGCUCACUACAAAGAGGGAUCCUCUGAUCGCCGACAUAAUAUGACGGAAGCCCUUUUGUUUUUAUCCCAUUUCAUGGGAGAUGUCCAUCAGCCUUUACAUGUUGGGUUUACAAGCGAUGAAGGUGGAAACACUAUCGAAUUGCGUUGGUUCAAACACAAAUCUAAUCUGCAUCAUGUAUGGGACAGGGAGAUAAUACUCACUGCAAUUAAGGAGCUUUAUGACAAAGACAUGGAACUCUUCCAAGAAAGCAUUCAGAAAAAUAUCACUGAUGGGGCAUGGUUGGAUGAACUAUCGUUCUGGGAGGAGUGCCAUGAUCAUUUCUCCUGCCCGAAAAAAUACGCUACAGAGAGUAUAAGCAUCGCCUGCAAAUGGGGUUAUAAAGAUGUCACGCCUGGUGCAGUUCUUGCAGAUGAUUACUUUAGUUCGAGGCUGCCCAUCAUUGAGAAACGAAUUGCUCAGGGCGGGGUCAGGUUGGCCAUGACUCUGAACCGAUUAUUUGGUGAACACAACACCGGAAAUAUGGCAGCAACCUGAAUUCCACCAUGGAGAAUGCUAAUUCAUGUCAUUUUUUUCUGUAUGAUGGCACAUAACUAAUUGUUAUUGCUGACAAUCAUCAUUGUCCUUUUCCUGUUGACAAUACAGUCAACAAAUUAUGGGAUUGACAAUCCUGUUCUAGUAAAUGGUAUGCAAUGAUCGUCACGAAA